AGCGCGGGGCACAGGAGCGCGGCGGGGCGGCGUCGCGCGCGCGGAACCGCCGCCGGGUUGCUGCUCGGCGACUGUCCCGGAGCUGUUUGUUCGCGCCGGAGCUCGACGCAGACUAAGAUUUUGAAAAUGCCAAGUAGAAAAUUUGCCGAUGGCGAGGUGGUGAGAGGUCGCUGGCCUGGGAGUUCGCUUUAUUAUGAGGUAGAAAUUCUGAGCCAUGACGCCGGCUCCCAGCUCUAUACCGUGAAGUACAAAGAUGGAACCGAACUGGAACUGAAGGAGAAUGAUAUCAAGCCUCUGACUUCUUUUAGGCAAAGGAAAAGUGGCUCCACUUCCAGUUCUCCUUCCAGACGCCGAGGGAGUCGGUCACGGUCCCGGUCCCGGUCCCGGUCCCCGGGCCGAUCCGCUGGCCGGCCACCCAAGAAUUCCCGUCGGUCAGCAUCGGCUUCCAGCCAGGCUACUAUUCCCGAUAUUAAGAAAAUGAGGAAGGAAGUAUUGGAAGUGAAAUUGACUCCCCUGGUAUUGAAGCCAUUUGGAAAUAGCAUCCACAGAUAUAAUGGGGAGUCUGAGCACGUGGAGAAGAAUGACUUGCCUUACAAAAACACAGAGGAAAAAUUCCAUUUGUCACAAGAUAGUAGCUACAUUGCUACACAGUACAGCCUGCGCCCAAGAAGAGAAGAGAUCAAAUUAAAAGAGAUCGAUUUUAAGGAAGAGAAAAGGGUUACGAAAGGACCAACAUCACUGAGAACCUUUGAAGCGCCAACGAUGGCACAGACGAAAGACUUGGAGUUUGGAGGAGUCCCGGGUGUGCUUUUCCUCAUGCUUGGGCUGCCUGUCUUCCCUUUCCUGCUCCUGUUGAUGGGUCAGCAGAAGGAUCCCAGUCUUCUGAAUUUCCCUCCUCCCUUGCCGGAUCUGACUGGUUUAUGGGAGACCAGAGUGUUUGGGAUCUACCUUCUCUGGUUUUUCCUCCAGGCUCUGUUCUACAUACUGCCGAUAGGAAAGGUUGCAGAAGGAACGCCUCUUUGUGAUGGAAGAAGACUCAAAUAUAGAUUAAAUGGAUUCUACGCUUUUCUCCUGACGGCUGCAGCGGUUGGUGCCUCUCUCUUUGGGGGCAUCGAGUUUGAUUAUAUGUACAAUCAUUUCCAGCAGUUUGCAUUGGCAGCCACGGCAUUUUCUGUGGUCUUGAGUUUUUAUCUCUACUUUCGGGCCCUGAGAGCACCGAGGGAUAAACUGUCGCCUAACAGCUCUGGAAAUGCCAUCUAUGAUUUCUUCAUCGGCCGGGAAUUAAAUCCUCGGAUUGGCUCCUUUGAUCUCAAAUACUUUUGUGAAUUGCGUCCUGGAUUGAUUGGAUGGGUGAUAAUUAACUUGGUGAUGUUAAUGGCUGAGAUGAAGGUACACAAUCGAGAGACUCCAUCGGUAGCGAUGAUUCUGGUGAAUAGUUUCCAGCUCCUUUACGUGGUGGAUGCUCUCUGGAACGAGGAGGCAGUUCUGACCACCAUGGACAUCACCCACGAUGGCUUUGGAUUCAUGCUGGCUUUCGGAGAUUUAGUGUGGGUUCCAUUCAUCUACAGCUUCCAGGCCUUUUAUUUAGUCAAUCAUCCUCACGAAGUGUCUUGGCCUGUAGCCUCACUCAUUAUCGUUCUGAAACUUUCUGGAUAUGUGAUCUUCCGAUGUGCAAAUUCUCAGAAAAAUGCAUUCCGGAAGAAUCCUGCUGAUCCGAAGCUCGCACAUUUAAAAACGAUUCAUACAUCAACGGGAAAAAAUCUCCUCGUGUCUGGUUGGUGGGGCUUUGUCCGCCACCCCAAUUAUUUGGGUGAUCUCAUCAUGGCCCUGGCUUGGUCUCUGCCUUGUGGAUUUAAUCACAUUCUGCCGUAUUUUUAUGUGAUUUAUUUCACCGUGUUGCUUAUCCAUCGAGAAGCUCGUGAUGAGCAUCACUGUAAGAAGAAGUAUGGCUUGGCUUGGGAAAAGUAUUGCCAACGUGUGCCCUACCGUAUAUUUCCUUAUAUUUACUAGUCUCUUGCCUUGUUUGUAAAAUGCUCCUGCAGUUCUGGCUUUCGGCUGUGAAAACAAGAAGAAAAUCCAAAAUGAACCCUUUUUCAUUGCACUGACGGGAUCUUUACAUUUUCUUUUUCCUUUUUGAGUCAGGACUAAUGUAUGUUACUCCAACUUUGUCUAUUUUUUUUAAUUAAAUCCUAACAACAUCAGGGAAAAUAGAUAAAGAAGUUAGAAUUUUUAUUCUAGUUAGCAGGAAAAUUUUAACCCUUUAAAUCUGAAAGUCAUUUGUUUAUGGUCAGAAUUACUAUUUGGGUUACUAUUUAAGUUUUGAAUUUUUUUUUUUGGUUACCUGUUGUUUUUUCUUAUAAAAACACUGUUACAUUUAAAGUACACUUACAUUCUGCAUUUAGAAUAAAAUUUUAUUCAUUUCCCUUUUGAUCAUUUACUCGUUGUAUGAUUUGAAAGUAGAAAUUGGUCUUAUAUGAACUGUUCCUUAUGAAGAGGGUUGAAAGGUAAUUUAGUAUACAUUGUCAGGGAGAUUAUUAGUAGCAGUUUGCUUUACUUCGGCUUCUACAAAGAAACAGCAUUUGAAAAUGUAAAUACUUAGCUUUUAUGUAAUAUAUGGGGACUUCAGAUUUGUCUGUACAGUAUUUUGAAUGUGAUAUAAUUAUCAGGACUAAGUAUCUUUUUAACGAAAACAUUUUCAGUAUUUUCAAUUAAGUUUUGUAAAGCAAUAUAUGUGAAUUAAAAUCUUUGAAACAAUUAGACUACAUUUAAUGUUGUGUAGAAGAUACUUUCAAAAUGCAGGAAGGGUAUUUUUCUUAAUCCAAAGUUUGUGAAUUUGGCUUUGCUACCUCAAUUGCAGGUGUUUUGUUUGCCUUUAUAAACUAUUGCAAAUAGAAAAGUAUAUAUUUUUAGAGUAACAUCACUAUUUAAGCAUUUUUACACAGAUUGGUGUUUGAAAAUUUGCCAUUUAGGCUAAUAUUUUUAUAUGUUUUUGACUUUUUAAAUUAAACAGUAUUUUUGCUACUGUUUAGCUUUAUGCAGUUUAUACUGUAUUUUGUAUAUCCUUUAUAUGUACAGAACUCUACUGCCUAUAAAGGAGUGUUGUUUAUCUUUAGAAGUCUAUUCAUCUAAAAAAAGUAAUAGUUUAAAAUGUCUUAAAUAGAUUUGCAUAAGGUAGCUUUUGCCAUUGCGUUUAGUUUUGUUCACACAGUCUUGUUUUUAAUUGUCCUUUAAGGAACAAUAGAAUAGCAAAUUCAUUCAACUUUUGUAUUCAAAGUAAAAUUGCUUUCAGUAUGGUAAAUAUAAGGAAUCUAAUAAAUAUAGUGUAUAUGUUUGGGUUUUUAAUGAUACAUUUUAUAUAUGAGCCAUUUAGAUACAGUGUUCUGUAUUGCUUUGAAGUGUAUGUUGACUUAGCUUAUGUUAAUACAGAUCAUGAACUUGGUUUGCUGUAGCAGUCUGCAUCCUAUAGAUUCUUCAAACAUAGUUUUGGUGAAAUUGUUAAUUUUUUAAAUUAUUAUUAUAUUUUCCUCCUGGCAUGGGAGAGUGUCAUGGGAAUUUCAGGGAGGAAAGAAGGUAAUUCUGUUCCUGGUAAUGAGAAAAAAAAGAGCCUCUGCUACUAUUUCUUGAUUUCAGCUAUCAUCUGUAAUUUUGUUUUGACAUAUUUGUUUGACACGUUUUAUAAUUGUUUCAAGUUGGAAAUAAUAUUGGAAAUAAAAAGAUGUUGCUUUGA